GUGCCUGCGGGGCAGCCCGUCAGAGGGGCAGCCCGUCAGAGGGGCAGCCCGACAGAGGGGCAGCCCGUCAGAGGGGCAGCCCGUCAGAGGGGCAGCCCGUCAGAGGGGCAGCCCGUCGAGGGGCAGCCGCGGCCGCGCUCCCGCCCGCCCGAGGGGCGCGUUGUCAGCCCGGGCAGCAACAGGGAGGGAGGUGGGCACCGGCCUCCGGGCGCCUCCCGCCCCGCCCCUGCACCCAGUCCUCCUCCGCCCCCCCGCUUAUUCCAUAGCCCCAGCAAAGUUUGGGGGCGCCUCUUCCCCCCGGUUAAACGAGUUAUGCGCUAUCGCUGCCUGGACUCUUCCGAACGAGUUGAGCUUUUGCUGCUUAAAGUAGUGCUCCUCCCGCGAAGCGUAAGUAGAUCGACCCUGGGCUGUGCCGCUCGGCUCCCGGCGCGGACCCGCCGCCCCGGAGAGGGGCUCGGCCAGCGCGGCCGCGGCUGCGGGCGCACUUGGAUCCUGCGCUGAGGGCGGGAGGCGGGAGCUCCCUGGGGGCUCUGCCCGCUCGCCGGGCCCCCCAGCCGUGGGCUGGGCGCCAGGGGAGGGCAGGGCGGGGCCGAGCCUGUUCAUCCUGUUGAGGAAGAACGAGAGAAGAGACUCUACUGCUGUGUAUUCCUCCUUGAGGGACCCUGGUGCGAGUGUCCCUCCGUUCCUGCCCCACCGAGGGCAGCGGCGCUCGCAGAUGGGGCGGGAACUGAGCCUGGUGAGGCAGGCAGAAGUGUCCAAACCUAACGAAGUACCUAAGGAGAUGCAGUGGAAAGCAAAACGCCAAAUAUAUCCGGGAUUGUUGUGGCAGUUGCCCGCUAAAGGGUGCCUGUGUAGGGUCAUGUAAUUUCUUCCUUAAGGGUUGCCACUCACAUUUGAACAUUGAUGUGGAUUCCAAGUCAGUUUUGUACUUGGAGUAAAGUUAAAUCUUAACUAUAAAGCAGAGCCAGAAUUGCUUUCACCCUUUUAAGUGGUGCCACACAGAAUGAUGGAGUUCGGAAGUGUACUCCAAGAUGGUUCUGGGGUUCCUUGAAGUGAGCUCUGAGUUAUCUGGCCCAUACAAACACUUUAUUCUGAUAGUGGGGAAAAAAGCUGGCUGGCCUCCCUGCAUUGACCAGGCUUUUACCUCACUCUUCUGGUCACAUCUUCAAUCUGAGAAUUAUCCAAACAUGCUGGUUACUCACUUUUUCACUUAGGAUUUAUGAGUGAUGCAAAGUAUUGAGAUGAAUAAAUAUUCUUUGGAAGGUAUUUAUAGCUUGAUUAAGUAAGAGUUUGCCAAUGUUAUAAGCAAAAAAAGUUGUUUAAUUUGUGUCUGUUCUUUUUUUCCUGUAGGCAAAAAGAGUAUUAGAAAAGUGUUUGGGUUCAUUGCUGACUCAAUGAAGAAAUCAUAUAAGCCUAAAAUGUUAUUAGGAAUCCUUAGUGUGUUAGGCCUUUAAGACAUAGAUACAUAGAUAUGAAGAAUGACAUAGAUAUGAAGAAUUAAUUGAACUGAGUAGCCAGAGAUAUUAGAGCUUCCCUUUAAGGGAAAUUUAAAGGGAAAUGAGAGAAUUCUACUGGAACAUUUUAGACUUAAACUAGAAAAAAAAUUAAAUGGUUUCCAUAGUACAAAAGUGUACUUUAAGAAGUUUGAAUGGGGUUUACAGCACCAUCUCCCUUGCAGUUACUUGCCUGAAGUCCCCUCACAUGGAUACUUGAAUGUUGGAGUACCUGCUUCUCUGCAGUGAAAAAGGCUCUUGAGUCUCUGAAUGCCAGAAAGGCUCAUCUUUCCUUUGUAUAUCUGGAUGGGGGGCGGGACACUCCUUACUGUGCAGUUUUUAGAUCUGUGUGGCUGAUCGUAUGUGGGCACCUGAGAGAUCUGUCUCAUUCAUGCUUCAUUCACGCGGGAUGUAGGACUGUUGCCCUCAUGCUCAACGGCUAUUCCACAGUCCCCUGCUAGCUCCACACCCUCCACACCUUUCAGCUUUACUGGUAAGUCACUGUCUUUUAAUUCCGAUGUAGAGCUCUAAGAUGGCAUUUGAGUAUUCUAGGGGAGAAAAGGGGUUACUUUUUUUGUUUGUUUUCCUCCUGCAACUAGAGAAUCAGAGCAGGAGUUUGUUAUACCAGGGAACAGAGGAGUUUAACAGGUGGGGUGUAGCUCUCCUCCCAGGCUCAGCCCUGCGCUCCUUGCUCUUUUCCUUUACUCAGGCCAAACUUUCACUCAGAGGUCAAGUGAAGUCAAGAAGAAGUCCAAAGAAGUUUUUGUCUGGGAUUUAAGGAGGAGGCUCCAUAGCAAUAAAGUUAGAAAUCUGAAACAAUGGGUGACUGGAGCUUUCUGGGGAGACUAUUAGAGAAUGCACAGGAGCACUCCACGGUUAUUGGCAAGGUUUGGCUGACAGUACUGUUUAUCUUCAGGAUACUGGUGCUGGGGGCUGCUGCUGAGGAGGUCUGGGGAGACGAGCAGUCAGACUUUACAUGCAACACUCAACAACCUGGUUGUGAAAAUGUUUGCUAUGACAAAGCCUUCCCCAUUUCUCACAUCCGCUUCUGGGUCCUGCAGAUCAUUUUUGUCUCCACUCCAACCCUCAUUUACCUGGGCCAUGUCCUGCACAUUGUACGCAUGGAGGAGAAGAGGAAAGAGAAAGAAGAGCUGAAAAAGAAGGGAAGCGGCAAAGAUGGCAACUACGCAGUAGCAGCAGCAGCAUCUGGCAGUGGUGGCGGAGGAGGCAACAAUAACAUCAAGGAUCCUAUUAGCAAAAGGGGGAAGGAGAAGCUCCCAAUCCGUGAUGAACGUGGUAGAAUCCGUAUGGGGGGUGCCUUGCUCCGUACCUAUGUCUUCAACAUCGUAUUCAAGACGCUGUUCGAGGUGGGCUUCAUUGUGGGCCAGUACUUCCUGUAUGGCUUUGAGCUAAAACCAGUCUACCAGUGCAGCCGCUCACCUUGUCCACACACUGUCGACUGCUUCAUCUCAAGGCCCACUGAGAAGACCAUCUUCAUAAUCUUCAUGUUGGUGGUGGCCUCAGUCUCCCUGCUGCUGAACAUGCUUGAGAUAUAUCACUUGGGAUGGAAGAAGCUUAAGCAGGGCAUGACAAGCCAGUACAUCCUUGAGAUGCCCGUUGCAACAAUGACACCAGUUAUGGUAACAGGGGAGUCCAAACCUGUUUCCCUGCCACCGCCAGCACCACCUGUGGUGGUAACAACUGCCGCACCACCCCCUGUUCUGCCUGACACCCGCGCUGUCACACCACUGCUGACCCCAGUCACCAUGGCAUCAUACUAUGCUACAGCUGCUCCGAGACCACGGCCCCCCUCCAACACAACCUCCAUGGCAAGCUACCCUGUUGCUCCACCAGUUCCUGAGGAGAGACACCGUGCUGUGACUCCCACGCCCAUCUCUACUCCUGUCACCAUCCCAACCCCCAUUCCCACACCCACACCAGCCGCCAUCAGCUACUUCAACAGCAGCAGCCGUGCCCUGACGUCCGAGCAGAACUGGGUCAACAUGGCAGUGGAGCAGCAGGGGAAGGUUUCCUCCAGCUCAGCGGGCUCCUCUACCCCGAGCAGUGUCCGGCAUCACCUUCCCGAGCAGGAAGAGCCACUGGAGCAGCUACUCCCACCCCCAGCCGUGCUGCCCAUUGCUGCAGCCAACAGCGGCAGCAGCACCAGCCUGAGCGGGGCGAGCGGCAGCAAGUGGGAUGUGGAGGGCGAGGAGGAGCUGUCAGGGGCACGGCCCGUGUCGGCCGCCUGCACCACUGUGGAGAUGCACGAGCCACCGCUGCUCGUAGACACGCGGCGCCUGAGCAGGGCCAGUAAGUCGAGCAGCUGCAGAGCCCGGUCCGAUGACCUGGCCGUGUAGUGCGGUCGCCCCUGCUUGGAGGGGCAGGUGGUGGAAGGCAGAGUGGGCAGGGGAGCUGUCCGGGAAGGCCAGGCCUGGCGUGGGUGAGAAGGCCUGGGCUUCAAACUUAGAAGCUUGCUGUUUUUGCACUCUGUGAGUUGUAGUGGGGAAAAAUAUCAACAUUUUCUAAUAGGUCAGGGGUGACCAAAGCACAGCCCGUGGGCCAGGGGACCAGUCCCACUUUCCUUCAUGUCCAUGGCAGAUCUCCCAAGGGCAGCCAUAGAGGAGGCCUGCACAGAUAGCAGGUAGCGAUGGUAGCUGGCCAUGUGCCUCAAGGGUGACUUUGAUCUGGGAAAAAUGUUAAUAUCCCUAGUGCCCAUGUGCCUGGCUGUCAUCUUCCUCUUGCCCUUGCCUUCACUUCCACUCUUUUUCACACAGGCUCUACAUGAGCAGAUGUGAUGAAUCACUUUCUUCCUCUUAAAUCUUACGUAGCCCUAUGGCAAACAUCAGGGUGGCAAAUUGUCUGUUGGCACCUGUCGUCUCUACAGACCAACUUGCCAUAUUAAAGGUGACUCAGUGUGUUCCAUAUAACAUGACUUAAAGAAGCCUUUGUGCUCAUUGCAAAACACCAAUGUGGUCCUUGGCCAGGCAAAGUUUAGGUAACCCCUGUGAUAGAUUUUUGAGGUUCUUUCCAUAAUUUUUUUUUCACUCUUGACCUGUUAGGAAGUGUUCAGUUUGACCUUCUAUCCAGUGUUUGCCGACCAUGAUCACACCAUGUUUAAAAGCCCGCAAAUAUGUUUGAGCAUGUUUGAUUAUAAUUUUAGAUGACUUCUGAAAUUGCUUAGAGGAGGACAGGAAUUUAAAUCACACCUCAGAAAUUAUUACACAGAACAAUUUCUCUUCAGAAAGCAAGGAUUAUGAUUUCAAUACACUGUGGCCCCAUACAUUGCCUGUGGACAAACAAUAGGAUAAAGUACAGCUCUGCAUUUUAGACUACUAGAUAUCAGCUUAAGUUUGUUGGAAAAAUGCUUUUUAGAAAUAAACUUGAGUGCAUAUUUUUAAGUAUUUGAACAUUUUGAGAAUAAUUUUGAUCUCUAAGUUUAAAGUUACUUGACUGUGUAUUUAAUAAUUUUAGUUUGAUCUUUGAUCUUACAAGAAAAUGUAAGAGGAAAGAAACUUACUAAUGGUAAAAUUCCCAAAGCAACAUUAUUUCAUGUUGUGUCCUACCCUUUAACAUCAAUCUGUAAUGUCAGUGAAAACAGAUUUAGAUAAUACUGUAUUGCAGAAAAGGUGGCUAAAAUAUCUGGGCAACAUAGUGGCUGAAGAGUCUGUUCUGAUCCCACUGAAGUCACUUGCAGAAUUUCUAUUGAAUUUUACAAGGAGCAAGAUUUGGGGAUUGAUCUUGCAGGCCUUAUUCAAGCAAAACUAACAUUCACAUACAGUUUUGGGAGCCAGAAGAAAUGUAGAUUUUGGGCUGUAGAUAAAGACUUUGAAGUCCUGCUUUUGAAAAUUGUGUGUUUCCCUUAAAAAUGGGUGAAGGAAAGUACUGGGUACUUGUUACAAAGGUGCAGCUUUCCUUACAAUGGGCUCUGUCCAUUAUUCCUUUGUUAACAAGACAUUAGUCAGAAUUCUGAAUGCCUGAUAAGGCUCGGGAGAGUUUCGGUACAAAAGGAAUGCAGAAUUAGGCCCAACUUCCAUUCUAAGCAAAAUCCAAAAGAACUGGAGCUUGGAGUCAGUCCUGUUGCUGCUAUAAAUUGAAAGUACUGUAACUGGAGAACACACUGGGAUAGCCCUUUGCAUCUUCAAAGUAUUUGGCCUGGCAGUGCAGUCCUUACUCAGGCAAAGCAGGGUCACUCUGUAGCUAGUAGUUACAAUUGCCUGUUAUUUCUGCUGUUAUAUGUUUUCCUGAAUGUGUUAAUUUUAUUCAACAGCUAAAAUAUAUUCCUACUGCUCAAGAUUAAACAUUUUUACUGCUUUCUGAGUAGUCAAAAAAUGCUUCUCAUGAUCAGAAGCACUGUUCUGCAACCCUUGGUCAUGUUGUCUCAUGACUUCCUUGUCCUGCUUGUGGUGAAUCAGGUGAGGAGAAGUCUUUCUGCUCCCAUGAUCUUGGGGGCAGACACUGCAUUAAAAGUCAAUGUGUAGUAGUACAAUACAGGUAUUUAUUAUUAGGUGUUCAGCUUCAGACAUGUUCUCAUGGAUUUUCAGUGUUAUAAGCCAUAAAAACCCUUUCUGCAAGAAACCUAAAAGCUAAAUUCUGCUUUCUGUUGUACCCAUGCAACUAUGCUGAACUUAAACUGAAGUUGAUGAAGUUGCCUAGAUGUAAACAGAGGCAGAAUAUAAGACUCCAAAUUUUUAGAUUUACUAGCAUCUAUAGUAGCAGUUUUGUAAGUUUUGAUAAAUGCCAGCUAUUUAUAUUGCUGAAAAAUGCAAUAUGCAUCUCUGUAUUUUAGUUCAUCAAAAUUUGAAGGCUACAUUUGCCUUUCUUCUAUGCUUCUGAAGAAUGAGGUCAAAGUCUUUCUAGAGUGUAUUUAUAUAAACGAGACCACCUGGAAUAUGUGCUUUUUUAUAUCAGUGCCUGAGAGCAAAACUGACUUGUUGUUUGAUGGGGCUCUGAAUCUUGCAGUCCUUACUUUAAUACAACCCUCACAGAGUGUGUCCUGCAGGAUUGCAUCCAUAUUGUAUAUAAAAAAUAGUAACAGAUAUAGAUUUAACUUAGGAUCAACUGAUACCUAGUCUGACCUUUUCAAGUAAAUGUGUGUGGUUAGACCUGCAGAGAGUUCAGGUGCUUUUGUGGAAUAUAUGGUAUUUUCAGUCCUAUGGUAUAUAAUAUAGGUAUUUUCAGUCAGAGUAACUACUGGAAAGCUCUAAAAGAUCAUUUUUCCUGUUAGGUGAAGCUCGGGGGGAGAAAUGUAAGUCUAUUGCAACCCCUAAGAGAAGUCUUGAGAGAGCAGCCUCUGCAUCCAAGCAGUACUGGUCUAAGAAAGCAAAGCUACAACUCACAGGUUGCGCUUUUAAGAUCAGCUUAAGUUCCAUCACAUAACUAUGCAGUGUCAAGCCUCUUCAUUACCUACAGUUUCAUUUGGAGUCCAGUAACUGUUUCUUCAUUUAAGCCCAGGUAACUGUUUUGGCAGAACUCCUCCUUAGUGCUUACAACUGCUUUUAGUUGCUGCAUCACAUCUGGGUUCAGAUUUGUUGAAAGAAAAGUCUUAUUGGUGUGGCCAAUUUUGAGCGCUCUAAUCUUUACUCAUGAAUGAACACUGCAUUCAACGUCCUAUGAGUCAAGUAUAACUAUGGCGAAUUCCUCAGUUCUAGAAAGUAUGUACAAACACUCGCUAACUUGCAGAUUAGACUGUUGGUAGAAACUACCUGAUAGUUUCCAAGUAAUUUACUCUUUUACAUCAAUUAAUUACAGAGUCUCAUGGGAACUGGUAGAAAGUGAUAUUUUGAUUUAGCCCGGUCAUACGGCUGUUCAAUCCACAAUCCUGAAAGACCUUAGAUGCACAGCUAAGAUGAAACCUUUAGGUAAGUUAUUGCAAAAGCAGAAGUCAGAACAGAAUCAUGCCUGAUAUUAAGCAAACUGAAAAAAACCUCACUCAUUUUUGCUCUUUGAGUAGAAUAAUUGUGGGGAAACUUAUUCUCUCUCUUACUUGAAGUUAAAAAAUAUACUGAGGUGAAGUAUGGAAAAGAAAACUGAAAGAAAAUACUCUUUGAACAAGUUACCAGGUGUAGUAUAUUUGUCGUUCAUCAAGGCACUCAAAGCUAAUAAAUGUCUGACAUUUUGCAGCUCUUGAGAUUAUUUUCUGAUAUGAAUACAUAAGUGUAGGAUCAGCAAAAUAAUUAAAACAAGCUUUAAAAACCAGAUCAGUACUUAGGUCCUUUUUUGGUUAGUCAUGGGACCACCUCCUCAGCUGCUACAAACUGUUGUAUUCCACUGAGUUCACAUGGGUGACAGCAGUCUGCAGAAGCAGAGCAUUGAGCCCCCAGGUCUUUUUGUUUAAUACAGACACUAACACCAUGGAUUUGAACAGGCUGGGUUUUUUUCUUUAAUUCCAGAUGUUUUACUUUGAUUUUUCUUGUGAAAAGUGUGCUCUUGUAAUUUUGAUUUUCUGAAGUUUACAUUCAGUUUUUGAUUUCAGAUUGCACAUUUGGAUGAAAUAAACUGCUUUCUAAGUUUACAUUUGUAUAAUAAGUAAAAGAAUGACUCUGCCAAUGUGUUAAACUUAAGAGAGAAAUGUCUUACUAUAACACAGGAACUCUUUAGACAUAAAGUUUAACCUGAUCACUGAUCUAUAGUAUCAGCUUUCUCUAUAUAUUUGAAAUAUGGGAGUUGGAUAUAUAGGGAGCAAACUGUGGAAAAAGAUACUUUUCAUCAUGAACUCAAUUAUUACCAAAUAAACUAAGGUUCAUUAUUGUUCAUAUGCCUUCCUGUGUGUUUAGAGGUUCAAUGACAAAAACUAGCUGUGACAUAGGUCCUUUAAGAGCUAAAUUUAUAGCCUGGCUUAAAAUUCCAAACAAAAUACUUGAGGAUAAACACUGCACUGUUACACUGUAGAAGAUUUUACAAAAAAUAAAUGUUUUGCUUUCUAUGCAAAAAUAUGGUUUCUGAGCCUGCAAAUACAAUUUCACACAAGUUAUUUUAACUUCUGCAAAUAAGACCAUUAAAGGUAAUGAGACUAUUUGCAUAAGCAAAAAAUACUGAUGUGAAAAAGAAAUUGUAGAUUUGCAUUUUAAGUUUGCUGUAGAUACCAAUGUAGUUCUAGAAGUUUCAGUUCUUGAAGAGUUAUGUGAGCAUAUUUUAAGGUGGAGAAUAUACUGCUAAUCCCAUUGCCACUGUUUCUCACAGUUAAUGGGUUGUAAAGCAUAAGAAGGCUUACUCAGAACUUUCUUGUCGCUUUCCAGAUGUUUGCCUUUUACAUGACAGUAAACAUAACAAGUUUUCUGGGCUGUCAGGAACUUGUAGAACAAUAAAACCAGUAAACAGUUAAAAGUGCUGUCUUCAACAAAGUGCCUUGUAUAUUAAAUUCUGUAAGAAGCAAGUUGAUGUAAACGUUAAUUUACCUCAUAUGUUUACAAAAUUGUGACUAAAUAAACUUUUUGUACCACA